CCAUGAAUCCCAGGAAUUGAGUCCAGUUCAACACAUACAUUGAUUUAUUGACUUGCUGGUUUUUAUAUCAAUUGAUACAAAUCUUGUCCAUACCACCCCUAUUGACCUGCUGUGCGACUACCACCAAUUGAGAAAAGACCCACCAGGAAUUUCAGGCGGCUUAACGACAAGCACACCACUUAAAAUACUUCGUAUAAGAUCCUACACUGGAUACAAGGAUAUAUGUUGCCCAUGAUGAUGAUGUUGCAAUGCAAGAAUAGCAAUCAUGAAGCCUUUUCGACUUUCAAAGUUCAUGACAAUUCCACCAUUAGAUGAGAAACACCUUAUUAAAACUGUGGAGGCAGACAAUGCUCCCUUUGAAAGUGAGGCUUCCAGGAAGUCGCGGGUGAAACACCAAAAGGUCAAGACGGGAUGCUAUACAUGCAAAGUACGCCGAGUCAAAUGCGAUGAAACGAAACCUUCUUGCAAACGAUGUAAGAAGACUGGAAUUCAAUGUGAGGGGUAUCCAUCACACGUCGUCCAACGAUCAUCGCGGGAGUCAACGAAUCGAGCGUCCAUAGUAGAAUCUCCCCCGCAAUCACGAUCACCUAUGGUCAAUAUACACAUCGGUCCUAUCCUAGAAAAUGAACAAGAUUCUCGAUAUUUUCAAUACUUCCGCGAAACAUCGGCUGGUGAUAUCGCGAGAUUAUUUAAUCGAUCAGUCUGGGAGCGACUGAUUCCCCAGGCAAGCGAAUCCGAACCCUUCGUUAGCCAAGCUCUAAUUGCCCUUGGGGCAUUUAGUAAAGGUCGCACAUCGAAUGGUAUAGAGGCAUUCCUACACCGUCAGUAUGGCCUUGAUCAGUAUGGUAAAGCUCUCGUCGGAAUGAGACAAGCUCUGAACCCAAGCUCUUACAAUGCUCGCAAAGCGCUCAUUGCUUGUCUACUCGUGUAUUCAAUCGAAAGUAUACAGGGACAUCUCGCAACGGCGGCUUCCCAUGCUGCCAGUGGAGAAAAUCUUCUCCAUGAGAUUAUGCUCGACAAGAAAUCCAAGAGCCUAUCGCCCUUCAGCUGUCAGCAAGAUUCUACAAUUGACGAUGAUCUAUGCAGAGCCUUCUCAGAUCUCGACCUUCAGGCACUAUGCGUGAUUGAUCGUCGGUCUUCAAAGCUCCACGAGCGACGAACUCGUGAUUUAAAUCAUUUGUUGCGAUCAAUGCCCUCUUCGUUCUCAAGUAUCAAAGAAAGUCAUGACUGGUGGCAGAUAAUAAUGCGGAGAAACUUUCAUUGGAUAGCUACAGCAAGAAAAACCAUUCUCGAAGAGCGGCCGAAGGAUGAAGAAGAAGUCGUUGUCUAUGCAGCCGACGAUGAAGGGCUAGAUCUCAAAGAUGAGAACUGCUCAUGGACCUCUGUUGCGGUCAUACCUAGUACUAAUAUGACCCUUAGACGAGAUUGCACCACAUAUCUUAAUGACAUUUUGCGAUGGGAAAGUAUUGCGGAACCAUUAGUAAAGAAAGGACUACACGCUGCCGAAGAUUCCCGAGAAUUCUUAGCGGCAUGCCUUGCGAAAAUACAGACGGCUAUGAUGAUGAUACAAGUAUCAAGUGUGUUCAUUGUCAACGCAAUCGAAUGGGACGCAUAUUCUCAGGAGUUUGGUACAAUCAUGGAAUAUGUAACCAAGCUCCGACCGCGUAUCAUCCAAGGAGAGGGGAAAUAUCACUUCGACUUUGGCGUAAUACUUCCGAUGUUUAUGGUUGGAACACAUUGCCGAAAUCGAGAGUUAAGAGGUCAAGCAAUUGAUAUUCUCAGGGAAGCUAAAGGUUACCGAGAAGGCAUUUGGGAUUCGGAUGCCUGUUCACGAGUAACUGCGUUUACGAGAGAUGUAGAAGAAGAAUGGGCUGAUGAGAAUGGAUGGGUUCCUGGAGAGAGACGAUUCACUAUCACGGGAACAAAAGUUACAGUUGACAAGGGGAAGUCACUGCACAUAAGUGGAUAUCAGAAAAAUGGAACUCUAGAGGGGAAGGGUGAUUUCAAAGAAAUAUAUAUAACAUGGUAAAUGCAUACAUAUGCAGUACCACUGUUGAUCUUCUUCAAGGUCUUAUCAUGAUCUGUUGUGACAUCAAAUAUUGGCUUGAAAUGGCCCAUGAUGCACCGGACAGGUUCUCUGCGUGGGCACAUGCGAUGCUACUUUCCUUGUAUUCACGAUAUGAGAAUUUGAUUGUAAAGCUCAGGCUGAGCGAAAUCUACACAUCUGAAGGCAAUCGUUGCCGUCACUGAUCAUGUGAAUUAAAGGGUUAUCCUUGGUAAGGGGCGACAACUCGAGUGGCAAGUCUAUACACGAUUGUGAAGAGAGAUGCCAUUGAUAACACUUCAGUGUUCAUUCGAAGUCUAUCGACAACAUGCACGUAGAGAUGAGAUAUAUAUUGCAGGUGUAACACAUAGAAAAUUAGAAUCGUCAAUACUACCUAAUAAGUAGCUG